UAGCAAGCUCCCAGAGCGAUGGUGGUCUCCCCCCCUCCCCACCGGACAUGCAGGCAAAUAUUUGUGCCCAGACUUCGCAGGACGGCGAGAAGGAAUUUCAUUCUUGCGCCCACCUGCGGCUCCGCCGCCUGGCAUUAACCCCUUCACCGCCCUGAAGGAUGGAGGGAGAGGGGCGAGGUGCCCUCCUGGCACCCCCUAUCAGGGUGGAGAGCUGGGCCGAGGAGCAGGAUGGGGAAAGGGGACGUGGUGGGAUCGCCCCAGAUGCCAGCGGGGCCACCGGCACAAGCUUGUCACGUCCGCAGAGACGGAGCACGGCUGUGCGGGGGAAGCCCGGCGGUGUUUGACCCCGGUGCUCGCGGCUCCCACCACCGCCAGCUGUGCCCCAAGCGAGCCGGGCUGCCAGCCUCGUCCCCGGAGCCGUGGCACCCGCCGGACCCUCCCGUCCAGGCACCCCGUAACCCGCAAGGUACCGGUGCCACCCUCACCCCCUGGACGGGCACGGCCAAGGCGCUGACCACCGAGGCCCUGGCAGCCGAGCGCUCAGGCCAGGGGGCAGGUGAGCAGUCCCGGAGGGCGCCCGGGGACGCCCUUCCCGCGCCCCGAGCCAAGGGAGGAAGCGGCCGGAGGCAGGAAGCCGUCCCCCGGGCCCGGGGCCCCCGCUGCGAUUUUGCUCGAAGGUCAGCGGCGACACAACAGGAAAUCGCGCUGGGCGGCCGGGCCGGAGCCGGAGAGCCGUGCCGUGCCGCCCCGGGGGCACUCCUGGCCCCUGGCCCUCCAACCCGGCUGGGCGGCUCGAGGGGAGCCCGCGCCACCGCCGUCCUCCAUGGAAGGGGGACGGGAGCCGGGGAGCAGCCGCUGGCCCCAGGGUGGAAGGUGCAGGGCCGAAGCCCCCAGCUGAGCAUGGAGCUGAACAGACUGCUCCUCCUCACAUCCUUCCUCCUGCACAUGGAAGAGGGCCAUGCUAACCCAACACGGCUGGUCUGCGACAACAGACUCAUCCAGAAGUACAUUGGGGAGGCCAAGGACAUGGAGAAGAGAGCGGGCCAGUGCCAGGCACUGCCCACACUCAGCUGCCCCACGGUGCUGCCCUUGGUGGACUUCAGCCUCCAGCAGUGGAAAUCCAAAUCGAAUGAGACCAAGCGGCGGGAGAUCCUGUGCGACCUGGCACUGCUGGUGGGUGCCGUGGCAGAGGCCCAGGGCCAGGUGACCCAGGAGUGCGGGGCCAGGCAGCUGAGCCAGCUUUACCGACAUGCCAACUCCUUCCUCCUGCUCCUGCAGACCUUCAGCUGGGAGGCAGGACCCUGGGAGCCAGGCUGCUCCACACACUCCGUGGAGCACACCCACGUCACCAGCAUCUUCCUCACCUACCGGCAGCUAGUGCAGGGCAAGCUGCGCUUCUUCUUCCAUGACCUGGCCAAGGACUUGUGCAAGCAAGGCCAGGGAGGUGGCAGAGACCCUCAGUGCAGGGCCCGGUGAGGCUGCGCACAGAGUUCACCCCUGAUCCCGGGUCAGAGAAAACCUGCUGGACACUGAGCUGUGCUCUGGGUGCCCAGGAAGGUGCCCGCAGGGAAAAGGUUGGCUCCUGUUCCUCAAGCCUUCAGCAACUGCACGACCCACAGAGGCAGACAGCGGCAACACCCCUGCGCCAGCAGGCACAGGCCCUGCUCCCACCCAGGCAGGCACCUCUACUGUGAAUGCUUUAUGAUUAAAGAGCUAUUUUUCUAAA